CAUUAACCGAGCCCCCGACCGGCUGUCGCAUGAUAUCCCCUUCCCACAGCUCCCCCACACAUUUCAUGACGAGAGAUGACGAAAGGUUAUGGUUCAAUAUGCCUCCACGGGCGAGCAGUGAAUUGAUGUUUCUCGGCAGACGAAGCAACGUCCUUCCGUUUCUCAACCGUUUAUAAGAGCGUAGAGCCGCCCGAAGCAACCGCCAGCUUGAAUUUAGUUUCACUUCAAAGACACCCAACCUACCACCAAACUCUCAAGCUGCAAUCGAUCUGAAAGCAAAUCACCAUGUCUGACACCGGCGACUACACCACCCAAGACAGUUUCUUUGUCCCGAACCGGUAUUAUGAGAAUUACGAAUAUGUCAAGUCCCAGUGGAUCGCUGUGACGUCCCUGCUCUUCCUGUGGGCGUUGGCGCUUAUCGCCCGACAAGUCGCCACGUACCUUACGGAGCGCUCGCAGGCUGAGGCCACCGAGACCGAGAGGCAGGCCUUGUUGACCCCGGAGACUAGGGCUCGUGCUUCUGGUUGGGCCCCUCGAUUCGACCGCGCCGCGGACGCUUUGCGCAAUUGUCUCAUGAUGCUUGUUGCCGCCACAAUCCUGUCGUCUAUUCCCUACCCAUACAUGUGCAAAAUGCAGCAGCCUCUUCGUCCAGGUCUCCCCAUCCGCCCCGAACCCAUCUGCGGUACCUGCCUCUCCAACGGCUCGACUCUCGCCAGCUCGAUCCUCUCCUGGGUCUUCGUCGCGAUGACCCUCUUGGCGACGAUCCUUGAGCUCGCCGUGAGCGACAUGACUAGCGCCGCCAUGGCUCGGACGUUCACGGGUCUCGUGAGCUUCCCGUUGAUCCUCACUAUCUUCAUUCUCGCUUUCAAGCAGUGGGGCAAGAUUCACGACCAGGAACAGCGCUGCGACUGAAGACGUGCGACAGUUUAUGGCCAGACAUGUGUCGGGGAAGGCAGAUUAUCUCGGUCGGGUCUCAUCGUGAAUGGGCAUUUUGGGGGGAGUUCGAGGCUCGCUUCUCAACUAUUUUGGAGGGGCUAGCGGUAUCAAAAGCAUCGGGUUGGUAGGUGGAAUGCUUGAACGGCAAAGUGUUACGUGUAUCGAUUUG